GAUUCGAUGGCAACGAACUUAAUGCCACGUUUUUAUUCAACAUGGUUAUUUUACUUCUUACCAGUUAUUACGUAAUAAAAUGGACAUUUAAUCCUCCAACUAAGCUUAGACUUGUCACACAUUUUAUCCUCAAAGAUUCGAAUUCAAUUCCAGUUUCAACAAUCUGGUUUGACCGUGCCUUAGCAAUGUAUAAUAUGGUAACACUCUUGGCAGGUGUUACCAUAUUCUUUGUUGGUGUUGGUAAAAUAUGGGCCACUGUUGGUGUAUUUCAUAGUGCGGCAGAAUUUGUGAUACUUGUUAUACUUGGUUCUGGUGGAAGAAUUAAGUCGAUACUAUAUUGGCCUAUUCUCGGAUUUUAUAUUUUCAUAGUCGUAAUUGCUUCAAUUUUACUUGAUUUCCCUUAUGAUGCUUUGUGGUUCAAAGCUCAAGGUUUAUGUUUCGACUGGGCGCUCGUAAUUGAGUUUACUCUUAUAUAUAUGACCACUUGCUAUGAGCUUAAACAUCCCGACAUAAAUAUUCUCAAUCUGACUCAUGACGACUCUGAAGACAUUCUUGAUAACUCCCAUUACCCAGUAGUUAAUCAUCCACAUCACCUUUG